CUUAUGGACGGCCAUGAUCCUGAUGUCCCCAAAAAGACAAAACUGCUGAGAAUCAACAAUUUUGUCUGUUGGGUAUUAGAUGCAAAUUAAAGGUCAGAUAUCCUAGAGAAAUGCCAUCAAAUGUACAUAGCUGCCGUUACAGCUUUUUAAGUACAGUGACUAAAGAACUAGGAGCGGGUGAUGCCUUUGCUGUUUUAGAAACCAAAAUAUUCCUAAGUGGCUCGGAUUAGUGAGUUUUGUCUAAACUCACUUCUCUUACUGGUUUCUUUUCUUGAAGUUCUAUUGAUUCUUUUCAGGAGACUUUCAGCUGGGCAGCUUGGAUCAGUUGCAGAACUUUUUCUUCAGUAAUUUGGUAUUACAUUCCAUUUUGCAAGUGUUUGUGGAAGAUUUGGUAGUUUAAGCUCUGCCUGGGUGUAAACGGCAGAGGAUUGAAGGUCUGGGUUGAAGUUUUCUGGGACAAAUGAUGCCUGGAAAAUGGCUUGGAAGUGUGCUUUUUCUUGCAAUUGGCAUGUUUGCCCAUGCGUUAGGUGCAUAUGUUGGGGUAAACAUUGGAACUGAUGUUUCUAACAUGCCAUCAGCUUCCGAUGUUGUUGCCAUACUUAAAGCCAAUCAAAUCACUCAUGUGCGCCUAUAUGAUGCUGAUAGUCACAUGCUGAAAGCGCUUGCAAACAGUGGGAUUGAAGUAAUAGUUGGUGUCACAAAUGAGGAAGUUCUGGGGAUUGGAGAAACUCCAGCAACAGGAGCGGCCUGGAUUAAUAAAAAUGUUGCAUCUUACAUACCUUCAACUAAUAUUACAGCUAUUGCCGUUGGCAGUGAGAUUCUUACUACAGUCCCUAAUGUGGCACCGGUUUUGGUGUCUGCCAUGAAUAACCUUCAUAAAGCCUUAGUUGCUUCUGAUCUAAAUUCACAAGUCAAAGUUUCAACACCCCAUAACAUGGAUGUUAUUCCUAAACCGUUCCCUCCUUCCACUGCUACCUUUAAUUCUUCAUGGAACUCUACAAUCUACCAGAUCCUUCAGUUUUUGAAGAAUACUAACUCCUAUUUCAUGUUAAAUGCUUAUCCUUAUUAUGGUUACACUAAGGGAAAUGGUAUUUUUCCAAUUGAUUAUGCCCUUUUCCGACCACUUCCUGCAGUCAAGCAAAUUGUUGACCCAAACACGCUUUUCCACUAUAGCAGUAUGUUUGAUGCUAUGGUAGAUGCUACCUACUAUUCUAUAGAUGCAUACAAUCUUUCAGGGAUCCCUGUUGUUGUCACAGAAUCUGGCUGGCCUUGGCUUGGUGGAGCUGAUGAAACUGAUGCAACUCUUGAAAAUGCUGAGUCCUACAAUAAUAAUCUGAUCAAAAGAGUAUUGAAUGAGUCGGGUCCUCCCAGUCAGGCUUCUAUGCCCGUUAACACAUACAUUUACGAGUUGUUCAAUGAAGACAAGAGGCCUGGGCCUGUUUCGGAGAAAAACUGGGGUGUCUUUUUCACCAAUGGGACUUCUGUUUAUCCUCUGAGUUUGAGUACUUCCAGUCAAAUUUCUGGCAAUUCUUCUGGUGUUUUUUGUGUAGCAAGAGAGGAUGCAGAUUCUGAUAAGUUGCAGGCAGGGCUGAACUGGGCUUGUGGGCAAGGCCAGGCUAACUGCUCUGCCAUCCAAGAGGGACGGCCAUGUUAUCUUCCCAACAAUGUUAAGAGUCAUGCUUCAUAUGCCUAUAAUGAUUAUUAUCAGAAAAUGCAUAGUGUUGGCGGAACAUGCAACUUUGAUGGCACAGCUACAACAACUUCUAUUGAUCCCAGUUAUGGUUCCUGUAUAUAUGCAGGAAGUUCAAAUUCAAGCACAACUGGGGGGCUUUCACCUCCUGUGGCAUUUGGACCAGCAAGUCCCAUAGGAGGAGGGACUACAGCUCUACUAGUUUCCACAAUUCAGGUUCUGGUAUUGACCACCUUUCUUGCUCUAAUCUUGCUUUGAUUUUGUGUCGAUUUGGUUCUCUACCCCCCUGGAGCAGGUAAAGCAGCUGUCAAGAUUGCUAAGAAUGAAGCAUGGAAGUGCUAAAGCUCAUAAAAAAUUGACAAUGUAAUGAAUUCAUAGGCAACGCACAAGCUGAGAGACUCUCAUGGGUGGUUCAAUAGUUGAUGCAUUUCCCGUUUCUUUUAACCAAUUUUGGUUCUCCCAAGGGGGUCUUUUAUUCUUCUUCACAGGGUGUAUUUUGGGUCUGAUUGUAAUGUGUAAUCUUAUAAAUGGAUAGUAGGUCUACAUUUUUUGGGACACUUUUGAUCUCUUCAUUUCAUUAUGGAAUUGUGAUUUAGUUCAA